AUGGCUACGCCUAUGUUCGUGAACGAGGACCCUUACCUCGGUCGGAGACUCACGCAGCCGGAGUUGGUAGAGGAAUUGAUGAGCAUUACGUUCGCUGGCAGUGGCACAACCCCGUCGACAUUAACCUACCUUCUGUACGCUAUGUCUAAGGACACGGUAAGGCAAGAAUGCCUGCACCUAAAUGAGGUCAAGAACCUCCCAUAUCUGAAUGCUGUCCUUAAAGAGACUUUCCGUCUCUAUCCAACCAUUAUGUCGACGCUUCCGCGGAUCUUGGACCGUCCAGUGAACAUCGGAGACUACGUCUUGCCUCCGGACACACUAGUCGGCAUGCAAAAUUACGUUCAUCACCGUGACGCCGAGCUCUUCCACCGUCCUGACGAAUUUCUGCCAGAACGGUGGCUUGAGAAGAACGGAGAUGCUUCGCGAAUAAAGUACAUGGAAUCCGCACUCACACCGUUCUCGCUAGGCCCGCGGAAUUGCAUCGGCCAGAAUUUGGCCAAGGCUGAGCUUUAUCUGGCGGUCAGUAACAUCUUCAGGAAGCUUAGGUUACAGUUAAACGCCGACAUGACUAAGUAG